UUUCUUAGCUAAAAUAACUCCGGCAAAACUAGUCCCCUGGUCAUAGUUGUUCCCUUCUCUCCUCUACACUACACUACACUACAAAAUCCUCAACCUAAAAUACUAAACCCCCAAAUACUCAAGCUCCUCACCCGUCACUCUCUCACCAUGGCGUCCUUCAAUUGCACCACUUCUUCGUCUCUCUCUACCCUCAGAAAACAACCACUCCAUUCCGAUCCCUUUAAAACCCCACCCCACCUCCACCACCUCUCACCUCCAAUUUCCCAUUUCUCAACCCCACCUUUGACCCUCAAAACCCUAAAACCCAUCACCUCCCAAACCCCUCUUCGAUCCUCCUCCAUCCCCAUCACUUCCGAUCUCUCCACAACCUCCGCCCCACAGUCCCUCAAAUCCCGUCUCAAAAAUGGCGAAACCCUCUACGGCCUCUUCCUCCUCAGCUUCUCCCCCACCCUCGCCGAGAUCUCCGGCCUCGCCGGCUACGACUUCGUCGUGGUCGACAUGGAACACGGCCACGGCGGCAUCUCCGACGCCCUCCCUUGCCUCCACGCCCUCGCCGCUACUCGUACUCCCGCCAUCCUCCGCCUCCCGGAGUCUUCCCCUAUGUGGGCCAAGAAAGCCCUCGAUCUGGGCCCACAGGGCAUCAUGUUUCCCAUGAUCGACAACCCAAAAUUGGCCCGAAAAGCAGUGUCGUAUUGCAGGUUUCCGCCCAAUGGAGUCCGUGGAUCGGCCCACACCGUGGUUAGGGCUUCGAGUUACGGCAUAGACGAGGGGUAUUUGAGUAAUUACGAGGAAGAGUUGAUGAUCAUGUGCCAGGUGGAGUCGGAAGAGGGGGUGGAGAAGAUCCAGGAGAUCGCGGCGGUUGAUGGGGUGGACUGCAUUCAGAUGGGGCCGUUGGAUCUGAGUGCGAGCAUGGGGUUCUUGUGGGACCCUGGGAACAAGAAAGUGAGGGCGAUGAUGCGAACGGCGGAGAAAGCAGUAAAAGGAGGUGGUGGGGCCUACUUGGCCGGGUUUGCUAUGCCGCACGAUGGUCCUCAAGAUCUACGGCAGAGAGGGUAUCAUAUGGUGUCUGGUGCGGUGGAUGUGGGGAUGUUCAGGAGUGCUGCGGUGGAGGACGUGAACAAGUUUAAGAUGAGUUUGAUGAAGGGCUCUGAUGAUGAUGAUGAUGAGACGGCGGAGGGUGGUGGUAAACACGGUGAUGCUGAUGACAAGUACUGGAGCGAAUGAAGAUAAAUGCUUGAGUUGAGAGUUCUGCUUUGCAUGAAAAAAGUGUGCUUUUUUUUUCCAAAACUUUUGGUAGUAGCUUAUUCUCUUCAUUUGGAGAUGUGAUGGUGAAGUGGGUGUUUUUGCUUUCCUAGUGAUUUUCUUCAUGUGGGCAGGCAGGCAAUACAGGGAAUGCUGAGGUUGUUAGCCCUGGUCUGUACACUUCUAUUGGCAUCAAAUCUAUCGUUGGGCUUUCGUUACGGAGAAA